AUGAGUGAAUGCGAGACUGAGCCUCUGCUUUCACGGAGCGCAGCGAUUCAUGACACCAUUCAGGACACCCGGAAUGCUGCUUAUCGAACGCUUCCUCUCGCUUUACUCGCCUCUCUCGGCAUGGCAGCCACCACUGCCACUACCAUUUACGCCUAUGCUGAUCUCCUUUGUGAGGACCCAACCGCCUGUAAAGAUGGUGAACAAAGCGCCUAUGCAGCCGUGGUCGCUAUCGCCAGCGGAAUCGCCCAUGCGGUGGCCAUUAUGAUCCUCGGGCCGAUGGAGCAACUCAUCCAGAAACAUUUACGAGCCGGUCUGUUGAUCUGGAUUCUGUGCCGCGCAACCAGUGUAUUGUGCCUUGUCAUCGGAGUAUUCGUUCGUAGCGUCGCCAUCGCAGUGUCAGGACGCAUUUUCGAGGGGCUUUCGUCAGACAAUCUGCUUCAUUUUAACCUCAACACUAUCUAUGUUUCUCUGACAUUGCCAUCUUCUGGUCAAGACACCUCGCAGCUUAUCUCCACUUCGCUCGGACUGUAUAUGCUAGGGACCGCUGUCGGUCCCCUUGCGGUGAGCGUCUUUCAGAGCUACACGGCGAGCUUCACCGCAGCCUUGGCCAUCUUCAGCGUAGCGCUAGCAUAUCUGGUCAUCUCUGUCCGUGUACCAGCUAUGCAAGCUGUGCCCCUGAUGCGAACAUAUUCCAAGAUCCUGUCAAGGCUCGGUGUACUGCUCUCUCCACUCCGACCAUUCCUCGACCGUCCCCGCGCCAUCCCCUAUGGGCUCUCCCUGCUGCUCUACACCAGCGUCCAAGCCCAUCUCUUCCCAGCCAUUAUGGUCUUUGCCUCGAUCCGGCUGCAUUACGGCUCUCUUCCAAAAGGCCUGCUUGUAUCCACCGCCGCCGCAUGCGCUGCCGUGCACCUUUUACUCAAAGUGCUUAUCGUGCCCAGCCUACAACGGCUAAGGCCCAGCUCUGACAGAUCCACAGACCGCACUGCAGUACUCGGAGCACUAGUCGUACAGAUGCUCGCUCUCGCGGCCACCACACAAAUACGGAGUGCUGGCCAACUGUACCUGGCUGUGUCAGUUGCGGCAGCAGGUUUAUCCCUGCCGGCUUUCUUCAAGAGUCAUUUCGUUUCGUUCAUGCCUGAUGCGCCUCGGGCGAUCACAGCAUUGACCUUUAUGGAGAAUUUCGGAGGAUUGGUGUCUCCUCUUUUGCUUGGGGGCUGGCAGUCUGUUGCUCCCGGACCUUCUGUAUUUGCUUUUGCGGUUGCGUUGCUAGGCAUGAGUCUAGGAUUAUUUCUUUGGGGAGAAGUAUUGUGCUUCAAUACACCAAAUCUACAGGCGGUUUACUAA